GUGUGACCCGCUCCAUGAAGGACAAAGUGACCAAGCCCACUGCCAUGGCCCAGGGUCGUGUUGCCCACAUGAUCGAAUGGCAGAGCUGGGGCAAACCAUCCGCAGGGCCGAUGGGGGGCGCGGGGCAUACCAACCUGCAGAGGGAAAAGGAGAGGAGGAUGGAGAAUGACGCUUACAGCGACCUCAGUGAUGGCGAGAAGGAGGCUCGCUUUGCUGCAGGCAUCAUGCAGCAGUUUGCAAUCUCUGAGGCGACUCUGUUCGGCUGGAACUCGAUGGACGGGGAGAGUAUGGGAGCCGGCUCCAACCAGGGCAGUGUGGCUCAUCUCAGUGAGGUCAACCAGGAGAGCAUCACCAGCAGAGACCAGGUGCUCCACCACUCCUCUGCGGAUGUCUGGCCUCACACCUACGUCUCACAGGGCCUGUACUGCCUGUCGUCCUCAGACGCCUGGGACCCAAUCACCAGCCAGCCCUCGGGCGUGGCCUCACCUGCUGCAGGCUCCUACAUCAUGGCUGCUGGUGGCAGCAGUGGAGCAGGGGGGACACCUGGUGAGGGGUAUGAGGGGACAGUAGGGGGUUACCUCCAGCAGCACCAGACUCAUCUCACGCUGCAGCAGCACAACCAACUCCAACAGCUUCAACAACUUCACCACUACCAGCAGCAACAGCUUCUGCAGUACCAACAACAGUCUAUGGAACACAGGCCACAUAGUGCCUCCCAUUCCCUCCAAGCCACUCCCAACAGCACCAUCCACAGUCUCGGCCCUCCCACCCACCCUCGGCUAGCUGACCUGUGGGGAGCUGCGCAGGUGGAGAUUGCCGGGCAGCUGAGCGGACAGAUGGCUGACAUUGUCGGAGGGGUGGUGGAGACGGUCGGAGAGGAGCCAGAGCCAGAGUCCGAAGACAUCCCUGAGCAGCAUGAAGAGGAAGAGGAGGAGCUGACAAAGGUAGAAGAGGUAACAUUAACCUUAGAGCCGGAGCCGUGCUCUUUGACCCCGUCCCCGCUGAGGGAGGAGGUCCCCUCGACCAGAGGCUCAAGCCCAGGACUGCCAGCACAGACCUCCGAAUACGUCGCGGAGAGGAUACCGUUUGACGUCACGCCCUGCGUUGUCCAGUUGCUGGAGAAGGAUGAAGAGGCGGAGGAGGGCUCCGUUGUUGUCGUUGCAACCAACUGAAUCACAGGGCCAGAAAGAAAACUGACAAAAACAGGAAAUAAAUACUUCAAUAAUCAAUCAAGCUAUUCUAUCCCAACCCCUUCCCCACUAUUAACCCACUUUAAGUCAGAGGAAAUGCGAGGAGACUUUUCAGACGAAGACGUGGGAUGUAAUGUACACAAACUACUUGCCAAGAAGUCCCCAUAACUCACUGCUGGGAGGGUGGAAAAUGACGUGUGACAAUGAACACAAAAGGCAGACAAGAGACAUAAAUUCAGUGACUGCUGAAACAAACUGUGUGGGAUAAGUUGGAUUCACAAAAGUUUUGGACCAACUGGACCAAAGAACCAGGACUAAAAGCUGAACAGCAGAGAGAUGUGAAAGUCUAAUAAAAAAAAAAAAAAAGGAUGGACAAGAAGAGGAAAAGUGACAAUUCAGUGCAAUACAACAGACCCCGCGAAUAAUCUGGAGUGAAGUGAUGAAGUUGCUUCUAGCACCAGAAGUAGGCGUGUGUUACAACCGAAAACUGUUUAACUAAUUGAUGUAUUUCGCUUUGAUUGACAGCUUGUCAGAUGGGAUGUUCUGAUGAGGUAAACCCAAUCCAAUCUAAUACUCAGAGUGACCUGUGGCACACACCUGGAGCCAUUUGCAAACACUUGAUCCGGACACAACCAAAAGAAAGUGCAUGCUUUUUAACAGUGACCUAGCCCUAACAGUAUAACACAGUAUACAAAGUAAUAAUAUAUCAAAUUGCUUUUUAUAAUAAAAGA